AUCUUGUGUGACGAAGCGAUAGGAAAUGAAUGAAUGAAUUCAGCGGGGUCACGCUACGCUAUUGCAUUCAUUGAGCAGUAUACGGCAUGUGAUCAGGAAAUUAUUUGCUAAAAAGUUGGGGUUUCUUUACAUUCUGAUCAAACGCAGAUAAUUUAUGUUCUCCACACUGGGCUGUGAACCAACUGCUUUAACAACUACAACUACGACAAUAACAACGACGACAACAGCAACAAUUCAUAUUAUUUAAACUCGUUAGACGGUAGGCGUUUUUACCAGCAAUUGAUUUUUAGAUUCAGUUGGAAGUUUUACGUUCACCAAAACAGGAUGAAGUUUAUGGUUGUUUUGUUGUGUAUGACAACCAUUCCAGUAAAUUCUUUACAAGAUAUCGGAUGGAUAUGGCACGUGACUGAUUUCCAUUACGACUUUUCAUAUUGGACAGAGCAGUUAUCGUGUAAUAAUGAAGUGACGUCACCUGGUAUCUAUGGAGAUUAUUGGUGUGAUUCACCAUGGUUACUGAUAAAAGAUAGUAUUAAGUCGAUGAAAGAGAUCAGAGCGGACGUCGACUUCCUUAUAUGGACUGGGGACAACAUUGGCCAUAUACACGACGAACAUUUAUCCAUUGACCAAAACAUGGAAACCUUUAGAAAUAUUACAAAUGAACUGAAAAUAAAUUUUCCCAACAUACCAACGUAUGCGACGUUAGGAAACCAUGAUUAUUACCCAAGCGACCAAUUUUCUCCUAAUACAAGCGAUAUUUAUCAACGCAUUGGAGAUAUGUGGAAAGACUGGAUAAACGACACACAACAGGUGGAGCAGUUUAAAAAAGGCGGUUUUUAUUCUGUUAAAAAUAAAUAUGGUCUGAGGAUUUUGGGGCUCAAUACCAACCUUUACUAUACAUCGAACAAAGUGACCACUGACUUGACCGAUCCGGCUGAUCAGUUUGCAUGGUUGGACCAACAACUUACUGCGGCUAAGACCAACAACGAAAAGGUUAUAAUAACAGCACAUAUACCACCAGGUAUUCACACACCAAGCAAUGUGUUGUGGUUUUAUCCUAAUUUUAACGACAGAUUCCUCAGUAUCAUCAAAACUCAUGUUAAUGAUGACACUAUUAAAGUCGCCUAUUAUGGCCACAACCACGCUGAUGGAUUUAAAAUAUUUUAUAAAUCAGAUGGUACCCCAGCAUUUCCUGUAUUUAAUGGACCUUCAGUAACUCCAUGGCGAUAUAAAAUACCUGCAGCCACUGGUUCACCCCAUAACCCUGGAAUUCGUCUUAUUAGCUAUGAUAGAACAACUGGACAACCCAUCAACAUAUUAACUUAUUACAUCAAUUUACCUGAGAGCAAUGCCAACAACAAAACAGACUGGAAGUUAGAGUAUAACUUUACUGAUGCGUAUGGUAUUGAUGACGUCACAGCGCCCUCUUUACAUAAAUUAACGGAGCGAAUGGUAAAAGACAGAUCAUUGGUAGAUAUGUACUAUAAAUAUAAAGAUGUUUCUGUUACCAAUCCACCAACCUGUAAUGAUAAUUGUAGAAAUUCCAUUCUUUGUGGCUUUUCCCAAAACAAGAAGGAUGAAUUCAAUUCUUGCAAGGAUUCAUACACCAGAAGUGCAAACACGGUUCUCAAACCUGCAUCAGUAAUCGUAACCGCAUGCAUGUGUUUAACGUAUUUGUUGCAUAUGAUAUAGUCUGCUACUUUCAAAACAUGGCUUUACGUGUAUUUUAAUGCUUAAAAGUCCUGAUGCGCCUUUCUAAGUAAUAGGAAUCAAUUGCAAACUACAUUAUUAUGAAAGGUGAAUCUCUAAUAUGAAUAUAAGUUCGAAAAUGGCUCAAUUUCGUUCACCAUUUACAAAGAUAUGUGGAAUUGAAAUUUCACCGAUUUAUGCUGCUCAAGCAUAACAAGAAGCCAGAGAAAUCUAUUUUGAUUGUGUUUUCUUAAUUAAAUGUUAAAUAAUCAAUCUGAGUACGUAUUUAGCGUGUAUUAACUCGUAUAAGAAAUUUUAUAUAUUAGCGAAAAUGCAAAUGGCACGUCGGGACAUUAAUGAAACGUUAGCAGUGCGUAUAAAAUGGAUCUAUGUUUAAUCUCUUAUUUCUAAACAUUGUUUGCGUGUUUAGAAAUUCGCAUUUUUGCCUACUAUUGUUUUUAUCGCUUUUGACAUUUUUUUUAUCCAUAUAUGUUUAUUAUGCUUCUCAUUAUCUCAUUUUUUCAUUAUUCAUUAUUAUUGAUGCGAAAAUUUUAAAUUGUAUCCAAACAGAAAAUGGACAUCUUAGAUUUUCUACGAAUCGUACAUCUUAAAUCAGUGGAGAAAUUUGAGAAUGUGAAAACACCACUAGUUGAAUCUUGUAAAUUCCGGAGAAAAGCAUUUGUCAUCAAAUUUCGAUUCUUAAAUUAUAGGGGGUCGUGGUGGGGUGGGGGGGGGCUGUCUUGUGCUUCAAAGCUUAAAUAUCCUUAAGGGGGUAGGUAAUGCCAGCACAGAGUGCACAUUUUAAGUAGGAACUAAGGCCGGAUAUUCGUGAAUGUAAAAUGCAAGCAAAGCAGGACAGUUAGCUUUUGUAAUAAAUGUACGUUAAUCUGUACCAAUAGACCGAUAUUAACAUUUCAAUUCUUUAAUUACUGGAUGGUAAUGAUUUCAUUGUGACUAUUUCCAUCAUAAUAUUAUUAAUGACGAUUGUUUUAUGUAUAUUUGUAUUGAAAAGAUAAGUAUUAUAUAGUUUGAAUCUAAGGUAUAAUAUAGAUUUGUACAUGUACUAACAUUUUAUGGUUAGAUAUACCAAAUUGUCACGCAAUAUAACAAUAUCUACAUACUUCUUGUCGAAGGUUUUUAAACAAAACGAGAAUAGUUUACGAGAUAUGUUCAUGAAUCAUCGAUAUACCAUCCCUUAAUAAACGGUAUAUCUGGAAAUUCUGAAGCAGUUUUAUGACUCCAUACAUUUAUGAAUAUUAUUAAAAACACGAUGCCUCAAAGAAUUGACUUUACCGGCGGAGGAUUGAGAGGGGCCAUGCUUCCAUAUAUUGUAAUCACAACAUAUGCCUUGAUGCUUUAUUUUUAAGAAAUAAAUGAUAAAAAAAGUAAAAAAUAAAAACCAAACACAGGCUCUCAUUUAUUA